AUGACACAAACACCACUGAACUCACAACCUUAUGAUCAGUUGACUGCAUCAGCAGAUGACAUUUCAGAUAAAAAUAUUACAGAUUUAUUUCAUCGGAUAAUCGAUUCAUUCAAACGAGCACCACAAUCUGAAAAUGUUCCUAUUGAUAUGAAUCAACAGAAAGAAAGAGCUAAUCUAAUUAAUAAUAUUGAGAAAGACGAAACUGGUUUGCAUCGAACGUUAAAAAAUCGACAUUUACAAAUGAUUACUAUUGGUGGUGCGAUUGGUACCGGUCUGUUUAUUAGUUCUGGUACUGCUCUUGCAACUGGUGGACCUGGUGCACUCGUUCUUGAUUUUAUCAUCAUCGGAUUCAUGCUUUUCAACGUAUGCAUGGCACUUGGAGAACUAUGUGUCGUCUUUCCUGUUUCGGGUUCGUUCAUCGCUUAUGGUUCUCGUUUUCUUGAUCCUGCAUGGGGUUUUGCUAUGGGAUGGAACUAUGCUUUGCAUAAAUUAAUUGUUAUACCACUUGAAUUGACAGCUGCUGGAAUCGUCAUUAACUACUGGACAACAUCAAUUAAUAUAGGUGUUUGGAUCACUAUUUUCCUUGUUUUUCUUCUUAUUAUCAAUCUUUUUGGUGUUCGUGGCUAUGGAGAAAUUGAAUUCUACAUGUCCAUCAUCAAAGUCAUCGCUGUUAUUGGUUUCAUCAUUCUUGGUAUUGUUCUAGUAUUCGGAGGUGGUCCAAAUCAUCAAUAUAUAGGAGGCAAGUACUGGAUUCAUCCAGGUCCAUUUGCUAAUGGAUUCAAAGGUGUGUGCUCCGUUUUUGUGACUGCUGCUUUCGCUUUUGGAGGCACAGAAAUGGUCGGAUUGGUAGCUGCAGAAACGGAUAAUCCACUGAAGACGAUUCCUCGAGCAACGAAACAAGUCUUUUGGAGAAUCACAAUUUUCUAUGUUGUCUCGUUGGCAUUGAUUGGUUGUUUAGUGCCUUAUACAUCGCCACGGCUUCUGUCUGGAUCAUCGAGCUACGAUGCAUCCGCAUCUCCUUUUGUGAUUGCUAUUGAAGAUGCAGGUUUCAAAGUGUUACCUUCGAUAUUCAAUGCUGUGAUUCUUUGUGCUGUUCUUUCCGUGGGUAAUUCUAAUGUUUAUGGAGCAUCUCGAACAUUGUGUGCACUUGCUGAAAAUGGUCAAGCACCAAAAGUAUUAGCUUAUAUCGAUCGUAAAGGCCGUCCGUUAUCUGCCGUCGCUCUCUCGAUAAUUAUAGGACUUCUCGCUUAUAUCAACUGUGCAAAUGUUGGUACUCAAUUAUUUCAAUGGCUACUAGCUCUUUCUGGUUUAUCAAGCUUUUUCACUUGGGGUUCUAUAUGCGCAUGUCAUAUUAUGUUCCGAUCAGCAUGGAAAGCACAAGGUCAUACGUUGGAUGAACUCGUUUUUGUGGCACCUCUGGGUAUAGUGGGAAGCUAUUUUGGCCUUCUACUCAAUAUUCUAUGUCUGAUUGCUCAGUUUUAUAUAGCCGUAUCUCCUAUUCAUGGUUCUGUAACUGCUAGAUCAUUCUUCGAAGCCUAUCUUGCUGUUCCAAUUGUAAUUAUUUCUUAUAUUGUAUGGAAAAUAUGGAAGAAAACACCAUUCAUGCGGCCUAGUACGAUCGAUCUUGAAACUGGAAGACGUAUGCUCAAUGUACAACAGUUGAUUGAUGAAGAAAAAGCAGAGCGUAGAUCUUGGCCUAUAUGGAAAAAAAUGUUUUAUGAAUGCUGUUGA